UGUUGUCUUUUCAUUUCUGCAAAUCUGAUAGCGAGUUUUUCCUUGUGGUCAUGGGAUUUCUCCCUUAUCAGUGUCUUUGUCAAUGCUACAGGCUGUAAACUUCUGAAUAACUAUGAAGACGUGCUGAAGGGAUUUUUUUGUGGACGUUAUUCUAACAGUGAAAUGGCUAUUCGAGGAUGAUUUUUUUAGAAAGAACAGUUCCACUUCUGUGCCGACAGAGACGAGGGAAGAUGUAGGCAAUGUAGCAUGUAAAUGUGGCCUGACCUUCUUUUAACAGGAUUUUUUUCAUGUCAUGUUUUUGUGCUAAAGGGGAUGACCACAGUUGGCAAUGGGCGACUUUGACAAGAUUUGGCGCGAGCACUGUGAGGAUGAGCAGACGCUAAGUGAGUACGCCGUCGCCAUGAAGAAUCUUGCUGACAGCCAUUGGACCAAAAACUGCGAAGGAGAGGGCCGCAUCGAAUGGUGUCGCAGCGUCUGUCAAGAAUACUUUUUGGAUGGUGGGAUGAAAAGAAUCUUAGAAAAGGAUGAGAAAAGUGCCAGGCUUGCCAUGGGUCUGACUGCAGCACCUCUAAGUGCCCAACCGUACAACACCAUCCCCAGUUCAAUCUCUCAGCUGGGGAAAAUGCGCCUUCUUGACGUGGGAAGCUGCUUCAACCCUUUCUUGAAGUUCGAUGAAUUCCUUACAGUUGGUAUUGACAUAGUGCCUGCAGUUGAGAGUGUGUACAAGUGUGACUUCCUCAACCUUCAGCUCCAGCAGCCUCUCCAGCUGGCAGGUGACGCGGUAGAGGCCUUCCUCCGCCAGCUCCACAACCCCAUCGACACUCUGCCUGCCCAGCUGUUCCACGUUGUGGUCUUCUCCCUGCUCCUGUCCUACUUCCCCUCGCCAUACCAACGCUGGAUCUGCUGUAAGAAGGCCCAUGAGCUGCUGGAGCUGCAUGGCCUGUUGCUCAUCAUCACUCCCGACUCCUCCCACCAAAACCGCCACGCCCUCAUGAUGCGCAGCUGGCGCGUCGCGGUGGAGUCCCUUGGCUUCAAGCGCUACAAAUACGUCAAGUAUUCCCACAUGCAUCUCAUUGCCUUCCGUAAGGUGUGUCUGGCCACCACCAGCGACCUGGUGUCACGCAACUACCCUGAGAUGCUCUACAUCCCUCAGGACUUCCACUCCAAUGAGGAGGAAGAGUGUGCCGACGUGCCCGUACAGGUGCGCUCCGAGUUUGAGGAUGACCAGCUGGCUUGGGGUUUCACGGAGCUACCUGACACACCCUAUGAUUCAGAUUCUGGGGAGAGCCAGGGCAGCUCGGUGCCUGGCUUCCACGAGCUAGAAGACCCCAUCCUGCUUCAGAGCUAGGCUAAACCAGCUAAACCCCCCCCCCAGUUCCUCUCCUCUUCUCUACGUAACUGUCACCUCCCCUUCAACUGCUGCGCUGCCAAAAUUAACCUGCUGCAUUCUUCUCCCACGUCUCCUCCCGCUCCUCAAAAUAAUGCAGUUUGCACAGAGUGAAAGAGAGAAGUUUACAGAUUAUUUUCUCAUAUCCACACUCCUCUGAGAGUACACACGCAUACACGCACACAUAUACAUAUACCACACACUAAGACGGAUAUAUUUUGAUAAAUAUCUAGGUUUUUUAAGAGUUGGAAAGCGAAUGCCCUUAAGAUAUCUGAACUCCCUUCUCCUUAAUUUCCAUCCCAUCUUCCAAUCAGCUCUCAAUAACAAAAGUCAGCUUGUCUACAUUCUGUACUCAGUCUCCAUUUGAAUAAGCUAGUGUGGCAGGCUGCUUAGUACGAAAGACAAAUACAGCAACCUGAGCAGUGUGACAGGAGUUUGAUUGCACUGUAGAGACUGAUUAUGGGAUGACUGGACUGGUACGCUUGCUUCUGUCAGUCAUGCAGCAAGACUUCCUGAAAAAUUCUUGAUGUGCAUUUAGUUUUCCAUGACAAAAAAAAAAAAAAGAAUAUCAUUGUUUUGAAAUAUAUAUUCUCAACAGUCAAAACAUUGGUGUUGUCCAGUGUUAAGUGUGGCAAUGCCAUUUUAAUUUGGCAUCCUCUGAAUGGUUUGUGUAUCUUUUACAAGAAAGUGGUAUUUGUAGCAUUUUAAACAUUUUCAGAACCAUACGGUAGGAGUAUUACUAGGUUUACUAAUGUGAAACUGUAACUGUGUUGAUUCAUUGUGUAACAAGGUACGAGUGUUUCAAAGUAGGUAUUACACUCUUUUCCUCCUCUUGUUGUCCUCACAAAUAUAUAAAUAUUUAAUUAUCUCCUGUUAGAUUUCUAAUACAUUUUUUAGUUUUUGUUUUCAAGCAGAGAAAUAGUGCAACACUGCAAGUCAGUGACUCAUUAAAAAAAAAAAAAAAAGGACUUUACAGCACCAGUAACUUUUGGCACAACAGUGAUGUGAAAAUACAGCGAGUACUCUGCCUCGAAAAAAAAUGAUCCAGAUCUGAGCUCCUCACACGUCAGAAAAAUUCACCUAGACAGAAGAGAUUUGCAUUAGUUUACUGUUUUGUCAUACAGAACCUCUGAAACAGGUGAGAAACUGUAGAUUUUAGCAAUAGCAAGCGAGACCAGAUCUGAAGAUACUGUAUCCUACGGGGGGGGGUUUAGCUAAAUACACUACCAGAUGAAAUGUUAGUGUGUGUUCCUGCCUGAACAGGCUAAAUAUGCGGGUGUGGAUGGAUUUGUCAGUGUGAAUGAAGGAAUGAAUUUACGUUUAUGGUUGGGUUUUUUUUUAGUCUGUGGCACUUUAUCAUUGAUCUCAAAGGGUGUCACAAAAAUUAUUUUCCUAUGAUAACAGUUGCACAAGAUGAUGGGCCCAUAAAAUGAUACCAGUAAGUCUAAGGUGCCUUCUUUGUUCACAUUUACUGUAUGUUGCAAGUAGACUUCCAUGCCCCCUGGAGAAACUGAAACUCAUUCCUUAACAUAACAAAAAGAUAUCAAGCUUCUUUGGCCAAACAGUACAUACAAUACCGUUUCUCCUUUUUGUCAUAUUAAUGGAUAACAAGAAACAUUUCCAGUGUUGGUAUAAUGCAGUGUGUUCUUGCCAUUCCCAUAUCAUUUUCCAGUUAAUGUACAUCUCUCUGCUGAUAUCUCCUCUGUUUUCACAGCAAGAAAAAAAAACAUUUUACAGAUACACACAUAUUCAGACUUUGAAGAAGCGUGUUUUGUGAUUCAUUGGUGCAUUUGUCUUCCAGUGUUUACUUUGGUCCAUUUGCAUGAGAUGGUUCAUCUUCGUUAUCGACAUUUUCAACAAUGCAGAACAAUGUGUGCUUCUAGUAUGGUUGUAUUUCUAUUUUAUAAAUGAAUGUAAAUGGAAA